AUGAAGUUCUCGCAUUCGUUGAAGUACAAUGCGGUGCCAGAAUGGCAGGAGCACUAUUUGAACUACUCGCAGCUUAAACGUCUUAUCUACUCACUGCAGGCGCAGGACUUGCAUGUGGUGGACGAGGGUGGUCGUGUGGAUACCGAGCGGCUAAGCGCGGUGAAGGGCUCCACUAAGGCACUUCAAAAAUUCAAGGACAAAUUACGGUCUAAGAAUAAAAAACCCGGCCUGGGGGCCUCUGACGACGGGGAUGGUGACGUGAACGUGGAAACUUUAGAACUGGACGACUUCAAAAGCAAGAAGAACGGUAAGCUCACCGAAUUCGACCACAGGUCGUCGCUCUCCAGUGACAGAACGCUGUUCAGUCCACAGGACACAUUCCUUUGCAAGCUGAUUGAUGAGCGUGCUAAAAUUGACGAUUUCUACAAGAAAUUGGAGGCUCAGCUGUAUGGUCGGUUCAACACACUCGUCGCAGACUUGCUGAAACUUAACGGAGGCGGCACGGGUCGUCGUCCAAGCCUGGCUUCUGAUCAAGUUACCACCCGCGACGAAAACGAAUCUUUCGAAAUUGGAAGCAAAGCUAACCCGCGCAAUCCGCACAGACGCGGGUCUGCUUUAUCGAGGCGCAACACCCUAGCGUUGGAACCGGAAGACGAAGACGAUGAAGAAGAAUAUGACGAGGAGUAUGACGAUGACCAUGCGCGUGAAAACACAGCUCUACUUAACUACUCGGAUUUCAACGUUAAAAGUCAAAAAAGAGCCAUUCUUCGGAAAAACCUGAUAGACUUGUACGUGGACCUUGUACAGCUGAAGUCUUUUAUUGAACUCAACCGCAUUGGAUUCCUCAAAAUUGCCAAGAAAUUUGACAAGACUUUGAACUGCAAUGUUAAGCAUGAACUCAUCGAAUCUGGUGAAUUUUUCAGAGAUACGUAUGUCUUCCAGACUCAAACUUUCGAGACCCUAGACGCAAAAAUAAAUCAAGUCAUUGCGUCGUACGAGUCGUUGACCAAUGGUGAUUUAGCCACAUGCAAAGAGGAGUUGAGAUCGUAUUUGCGUGAUUUUAUUGUUUGGGAGAGGAACACAGUAUGGAAAGAUAUGUUGGGCCUCGAGUCUCACAGCAACACAUUUGCUUCCGUGGGUAGGCCCGAUGCCAAUGGUGAUAUCGCUAACCUCGAAAAUAAUACACAUUUGGAAUAUAAAAUUUGGAAACUACCAAAGCCCGUAAAACUCGGUCCUUUGACAUGGACGUCUGUUAAGAUUCCGGAGCUUUUUUUCACAUUAAAAGCAUUGAAAUUAUACAUCAUUAUUGCUGCUACGAUUAUUCUAAUGGCAGUUCCAACGUUUAAUGACCCUGUUCAGCAUCGUUGCAUGGCUCUUGUGGCUUGUGUUGCCUUUUUAUGGGCCUCAGAAGCGUUGCCCUUGUUCGUCACUGCACUGUUGGUGCCAUUACUCGUGGUACUUUUCAAAGUUCUUAAGACUAGUGAAGGUGGAGUAAUGGAUGCCUCUGAUGCUUCGCAAUGGAUCUUAGCCAAGAUGUGGUCUUCAACUAUUAUGGUUUUACUAGCGGGGUUUACGCUAGCAGCGGCUUUAUCGAAGUAUAAUGUGGCAAAGGUUUUAGCUUCCUACCUCUUGACAGUUGCUGGGACGAAACCGAGAAAUGUUCUUCUUAUGGUAAUGGGUGUAUGUUUCUUUCUAUCGAUGUGGAUUUCAAAUGUGGCGGCGCCCGUUUUAACGUACUCGUUGAUUCAGCCAGUUUUGAAAACCUUAGAUUUCAAGGCUCCGUUUGCCAAGUCAUUGGUUUUAGGAGUCGCACUUGCGGCUAACGUAGGUGGUAUGGCUUCGCCUAUUGCGUCUCCGCAAAACAUUAUCGCUAUGGACUACCUGAAACCUUACAACGUUGGAUGGGGUCAAUUUUUCGCCAUUGCUUUACCCUCAAGUUUGUUUGCAAUGCUCACAAUUUGGGGUCUUUUGGUUCUUACCUUCAAAACUGAUAACGUUACGCUGAAAAAAUACACGCCGAUCAAGGAGAAGUUCACGCUGAAACAAAUAUACGUUAUCGUUGUGUGUCUAGCAACCAUCAUUUUAUGGUGUGUUCUAAGCAAAAUGGAAAACGUCUUUGGAUCUUCAGGACAGAUUGCCGUGAUUCCCUUGGUGCUCUUUUUUGGCACAGGUUUGCUGAGUACACAGGACAUUAAUAACUUUCCCUGGUCGAUUGUCAUUUUGGCUAUGGGGGGUAUAGCACUUGGUGGUGCUGUUCAAUCGUCAGGGUUAUUAGCUACGAUUGCUGGAGCACUACAGCGUCGGGUAAUGGACUUCCCACUUUACGCAGUAUUGAUCAUUUUUGGUAUUGUUAUGCUUGUUGUAGGAACAUUUGUGUCGCACACCGUAUCCGCCAUCAUUAUCAUUCCGCUCAUGCAAGAAGUUGGAGACAAAUUGCCUGGAGCCAACUCUGCACCAAUUCUCGUGUUUGGUUGUACCCUUCUGGCAUCAUGUGGUAUGGGUUUGGCAUCGUCGGGGUUUCCUAAUGUGACUGCAAUUUCGAUGACAGAUGAAGUCGGCAAUCGAUAUUUGAGCGUGAAUACCUUUAUCACUAGAGGUGUCCCUGCCUCUUUCCUCGCAUUUUUGUGUGUUAUAACGCUAGGCUUUGGGAUUAUGAACUCAAUGUUCAAAGCGUAA